UAGACUUCUCAAAUGUUAUUUAUUUCUCUGUUACACUCUCACUAUUGUAUGUGUCCUGCUGUCCUGUCUUGCACUUUAAUAUCUGUCCUGUUUAAUAUCUGUCCUAUCUAUGUCUUCGCAUGGGAUAGAGAGAAACGUAAUUUCAGUUUCCUUGUAUGAUCUGUGCAUGUGAAGAAAUUGACAAAGCCGAGUGUGGCAGUGGGGGCGUGGUCAAGCGCCGGUCUGUGACAGGAGGGCGGAGUCAGGGAAGGUAAGUGGCAGAAUCACUACACCUGACGGCAAUUAACCUGUGUUUGUGUUUGUCUUCCCAGUGACCGCGCCCUAUUUAAGGAGGGAGAGUGAGAGCGGAAGGGAGCUUCCCCAGAGGAGACUACAGUGUGUGUGUGUCUCUGUUUAUUGAAUUGUCAGACUGAAAAGUACGGCAAUAAAGCCUCCUGUUCACCCUGAUCUCUGUCCUGCCGUCCUCUGUGCUCCACCCACACGCAGGGAACGUGUACACCGAGCUUGACUUGAAAAUGGCUGACAACUUGCUACUUUCUUUUAUCAGAUUAGUGAUGAAGGCCACAAAUCCAAUAUGGAAGACCUUGAGACUUUGUGUCCAAUCUGUGGCCAGAAUUUCCCUCCCAAUGUCCUGGAGGCACAUGCUAGCGAGUGUGGAGAGAGCAAAGCUGCCUUUAUUUCUUCAGCUUCACAACUACAAGAGAUGAGCAUUUCUAGCCUUGAUGACGUUUUGCAGGCCAUAUCAGCUGCUGUUAACAAAGCCGAAGAAUUUCCUCUCACUGUAUCCAGAUCCAAUUUGGUGGAGCGGGGCCUUACUCAAUGGAAGCAUCAGAAGAAGGCAUCGCCUACAAGUCUUUUGAAAAUUAGGUUUAUUGGGGAGGCAGGCCUUGAUACAGGGGCUCUAAGGAAGGAGUUCCUUACAGAGAUGAUUUCAGGGAUUGAGCAGAAGCUGUUUGAAGGUGACCAGAUCGGAAAAUGUCCCAAAUAUUCCAUGUUGGAUCUUGAUCAAGCAAACUUCAGGAGUGCUGGUGAAAUCUGGGCUGCUAGUCUUGCUCAAAGCGGACCACCACCCUGCUGCCUCAAACUUUGGUGCUAUAAGUACUUGUGUGACGGGGAGAUACAGAUUCAGCACAUUUCCAAACAAGAUGUCUCUGAUGCUCAGUACACAUCACUUAUCUCCCAUGUUGAGUCAGCCUCAGAGGAUACAUUGUUUGAACUGGUUGAGGAAAUUUUGAGCUGUGGCUAUACUGGACCUAUUCAUGUUGAAAAGAAGGAAGAAAUUAUUCGUGCUGUUGUUCUUCAUGCCAUUCUUCGGCUACUGCCCCUUUUCUGUCAGCUCAGGGAAGGUCUGGCACUGUAUGGUGUAGCUGAUCUGAUGAGGCAGUACCCGGACGUCUGCCAGGUGCUGUUUGUCCCUGGGUUGGAGGUGAAGGCUGACGCGGACUCUGUUUUCGCCAUGUGCCGUCCUAUGUUCAGUGACAAAGGCUCCAUCAAGGAACAGAUGGAAGUGACGCUUAUGAACCACCUGCAAGACUUCCUCCAGAGUAUGGAAGCAUGUGACCAUCUAGAGGCAGGCCCAGAUUGCCUGUCUCCCAGUAAAGUACUUCAGUGGCUCACAGGACAAGGCCACAUUCCUGUGUUACCAGAGGAGAGGCUGAACUUCCAAGUGUGUGUGGAGUUUAUCCACAACUGUGACAUUCAAUAUGGUACCCAUACUGUUUGCUAUCCUACAGUUGCUGCUUGCAGUAACACCAUUCGUCUGCCAGUGAAAUAUAUGCAAACAUAUGCAGAGUUUGUUGCAAUAAUGUCAGAAGCCUUUCACUUAGGCCAGGCCUUUCAUCAAGUUUAGACAUGUGAGUUGCUAAUUUCUGCUACUGUUCUAAAUGCCAAUUGUGCUGUUCCACGCAGCAAUCACAUGCCAGAGACUCUUAAAGGGGUGGCAUAUGUUGAAGUCUUGAAGGGAUGGGUCAUCGGAUGUGGGACUCAAGCACUUGUGUUUUUUUUUUUUUGAUCUGUGGGAGCACCACUGCAUUAUGGGUAAAGGGAAAUCACACUGUAAUCAUUUUGUUAAAUCAUCUUUAUAGCACUUUAUUUUUCACUUAAAAGAACCCAUUGUUUUAUGCAGUCAUUAUUGGCAAGCAUUACCCAGUGUUUCUCUGAGGACUUACAAGUGAGAUGGAGUGUUCUUUUGUCAUACAGAUAUUUCUGUCUGUUUCUCCUCUCCCAAAAAAUAUGGAAAAAAAAACAUUUUGUGGCAAUUUCAUUAUUUUGUCAAACUGUCUUUAUUUCUGUGCACUUUUUCACUGAAAAAAAAACUAUGCGCCCAGUAUUUACGUCAUUAUGCAGUGACAUUCAGUCGUUACUAUAUACAGCAAGCAUAACCCACUUUUCUCUGAGGAAAUACAAUUGAGUUGAACAUUUUUUUUGCCCAAGUACAAGUAUUUGUGUCUUUUUCUUCUGUUUUUCUUCUCCUAAAAAAGGAAGGAAAUACUGUACAUAGAAUACAGACUUAGUUGUAGUUUUGUUGUGAAUGAUUGCGAAGUAGGUACAAAGCGUGAGUGAGUGUGGUCAGAUAAAUGUCUCUUCCAAAACUAUUUGAGUGAGAAAGGGGGUCAAUGGAAAGGCGCAGCAUUGCAAGAUCCUCUGUCGUCAAUGGACAUUCCAUUUCUGGCACGGUAACACCUGGGUUGGUAGAGCUGUCAUGACAAAGCCCUACGUUUUCCCAAUCAAUAUCCUUGAUUAUUAUUCCCUAGUACAACAAACAGAAUGUCAGUAUGUUUAUUGAGAAAAUUGUUUUAUAGACAAAGUAAAAUUACUUUAAUUACUCAACUACCUCAUUUUCUUCAUGCAUCUCUGGCUGUCUGAUGGGGUGCUGCAAUUCCCACAACUGGUUUGGGGAAAGGAAGCCCUCUGUCCUGAGAGGAUGGUUAUUCCAUGCAGUGGAGAACUUAGCCAAAUCAGCCUUGAGUCUGGUGAGGAAGGUGUACUGAGCACAGAAGAGAUGAAGAUGAUCCGAGAUGUCAAGGGCUCCAUCUUCCUCCAGGCUGUGUAAAACGUCAUAGUAAAUGUGUAUAACUCCCGUCCAAACAUCCCUCCAUAGACGUUCGAUUCUACAAUUCAUACAGUACAAAGAAGUUCUUAUACUGUACUUGGAUAUUGAGGUAAUUUCUAAUCAUCAUUAUUGUUACGAAGAGAUGAUCUUACCUCUGGUUGUGCAUGCUUUUUCCACUGAUAAAGCUGCCAUGUCCUGUCCCUCUGACCGUAAACAUCAUCUGGGCAAUGCUGACAUUUUCAACACCCUGGUCACCUCUUACCCUGCAACACAUCAGAUGUUGAAAAUUAGCAUACAACAAAUACAUUCAUUUCUAUUGCUUAAAGGAGAAAUCUGGUGUUGCUUAAGGUCACUGAAUGGUUGCGUCUUUGGUCUAGCACUCGGUGAACUGUAAAAGAUACUACGAAAAUCACAGUUCAAAAUAACUGCAGAAUUACUCACUUGUAGGGCCGUCCAAAUCUCCUCACUCCAUCCAGGAAAAACUCAAAACCAGUACUUGCUGUGUUGUUAGAAGCAGCAUUGAGAUACAUGAUCUAGAAGGAAAACCGACAUGAGUUCUAUAAAUGAUGGUCAUAAGAUGGAAACCCAAACAAGAGAGAUAUUUUUAUGUCUAUGUUCUUUGUUACAGUAGGAAACUUACCUUCCUUGAGUAGCCGUCAAUGCCCCUGAAUAUCACCAGGUUAUAUCUAGUGAAAAGGAUGGGUUAGUUUAACAGAUAGAUAAGAACACAGGGCUGGCAUAUUUUAAGGCAGGCCAAGUAAUACUGCCAAAAAUGUAACAAACACACCUAAUGAGUUUAUGAUUGGUGUCUAUGUGCUGCAGAAAAUGUGGGCCUUGAACACAGUAUUUACGUCAAACAACACAGCCCAUACUUGUCAUUCUUGAUAAGAUGCCCUCUGAAUCAACUCUAUGCAUAGAGGCCUUGAGUCUGGUCCAUUGUACAUGGUGGCCCUGUGCUUCAAGACACCCCUUGACAAUCUGGUAUCCAGCAUGAGGAAGUCUAGCACUUGCACUUCAUUAUCGAGAACAUCAUCAGUUAUGGUGGAAUACAGGCUCCUAACUGACAUGUUGUACUCCUGCAUCCUCCUGUACAUGGUUCUCCUUGAGACUCCAAGAAUGCCUGCUACAUAUGUGGCAGGUAGACCCAAGUGAAGCAGACUCUGAAGAUGGUCCGUUGAGACCUCUAGUCUUAAACGUCCAAGGGGACCUAAACUCCAGACGACAGAUUUUGAGGGGGCAGGUUUAUUCCGCCGGUCUAGCAAAACUCUCAGUUGUUGGAGGGCUUCCCAUAUGUCAUUAGGCAGGGCUAUAUUAUCCAUUGCAUUUAGAAGGGUCAUCUCUUGGGUCACUACGAAGUCCAAAUAAUCGAAAUCAGGGGGGUUGCUGUUGAGGAUAUGCUGCACUCUCUCCCUCAGUCUGGCCAAGACCUCCUGGAUGACAAUGUUCUGCAAAGGCAAUGAAAUGAUGUUAUACAGCAAUUGGGUCUGGUCGAACUGUUUAAGCUUAGGCCUAAUAUGAUAAACCAUUUCAUCAGAUGGAGCUCCACUGUUACCACAAUCUACGACCCCCAGGAUAUUUUGACCCAAUGUCACUCAGUAGUCAUGAGAUCCGCGUUUGUUCUAUGUUACAGCAAAUUAAUACAAUUGGACAUUAUUUUGAAUGGGUCUGGGCUCCUUGUUAAAAUAAAAUGUUUGGGAGUACUUGAGAGACACAGAGCAGAGAUUUGGAGGUGUGGAAUGUGGGUCUUGGGGAUUGCUGAAGGGGAUUUGCAGGUUCCUGGCUGCUGUCCCACAUUGGAUUUCUUGCUGCAGGGGAUGGCAUGUUUUGGAGAUCGGCGAAUUUCGGAACCCUGUUGCAGACAGACUGGGAGUGGUGGAGACUUGGUGGAACUGGAAUUGGUGGAUAUUUCUGUGUGGAUUUGAAUGGCAUCCUUGGUUUGAGCGUUGCUGCCGCAGGCAAGCUUCCAGAAUGGGUUGAGAAUGCAGGGAAUGCAGAUUUGUCUUUUUGAUUUCCUUGUUGAAAUCACCAUCUGGUGUACAGUGACCAUUGGGGUUCAAGGUUGGGGCUUGUAGUGCGGGACAUUGGGUCUCUCUGUGCAGACUUUUGGGUUUCUAUCUUGCAUGGUGGGGAUUGUAUUGCACUUUGAAAUGUGUGUGUUUUGGGCAGGAGGUGAGGAAGUCGGGGGAUUCGGUUGCCUGUGUCUCUGGGGCUAUUGGUGAUGGGGGGCUCGGGUUUUGGGGAUUGACUUCUUUUGGUGGUGUCUCUGAGCCCUCCGGGUUUCGUUGGGAUCUGAGAAGGUCGAGCAUAACCUCUUGUUGAUUUGGCAUGGAAUGACCCGUAUGUAGUAUAUAUUUAUUUUUGUAAUUAUAUAUUUAUAUAAAUAUUCAUGAAGUGUAUAUAUGGUAUAUAUUUUUACAGGUGUAUUAAUGAAGUUUGGAUUUUGGCGUAGUUAAAAAGGGGUGGGAAAUUAAAAAAGUAUUGUACUUCUUCCCACUCCUUUUUCGAACAAUGUGCGGUGUAUUGUAAUG